CUCUGCAAUAUUACACUCACUGAAUAUGCUUGCUCAUCGUUGGCGUCACUCACUGGCGAAAAACUAGCUGACCUGCUAACAUGUAAGGUGUCUGGUGGCAUGGUCUACCCCAAGCAGACCUGGAAGCUCUUCCUCACCAAGGCGUCUGGAGUCCUGAAUGAAGCUCUCACCAUCCUCACUAACAGGUCUGUCAAGUUGAGGAGCCCGCCUGUCCUGGAGGUGGUGGGUGAACUCAGAAUCAACACACUCAGCGUGGAACAGCUACAGACCGUACCAGUCAUCCACCACCUGUUCCAUCCAAAACUGCGGACUCUCAUGUCCUCUGUGUCAGUGGAGUUUCUGUCCUGUCUCAGCAGCAAGAACUUCACCUGCGAGACCUACCACCACGUGGUGAAUGAAUUCGGCUACCAGUUUCCUCACAUGGACGACAUGCAACAGCGCAUGGUGCUCAAACAUUUCAUCCUCCCCUUCCUGACCCGAAAUCACACCUCAGACCCUGCCUGUGUGGACAGCACUAAUGGAAGUGAGGCCUGGCUGUACAAGAACUUCAAAUCGUAUUCUGCCUUUGUGCCUCUCCGGGAGCUCCUGAUGUUAAAUCCAAACUUCCAACCACUGGAGACCCUGAACCUUCUCAGCUCUCGACAGACAGCGGAGCUGGUCGUGUCACCCCACCCUGCACUUUCAGAUAAAGAAACCAUCAUCAAUGUAGUGUUUGACCACUUCAUGGAAUCACCAAAUGACACGAAGCAGAGAGAAUUCCUCAAGGAGUUUGCAAUGUUGUCCCAACAGGCAAACCUCAGUUGUGACCUCUACAAAACCAUACUGCGCAGGAUAGACCAGGCAGCGCUAUCUGAGUCCAGUGAAUUUGAAUCUCAAAGAAUGCCAAUCAGGGGCAAGAUUGCACAGAUAGCUCUACUGCAUUGCUCAAUAAAUGACAUCAUUCCAGGGUGUCCUACGACCCCAGUAAAUGAGAGCCGAAUCUGUGCUGAAGCCAACAGUGGUGCUUACACAAACACGAUGAUGCUGUGUAACAACAGUCUGAGACAUUACGCCUGUCUGUCAACGCCAACAAACCUAACAUCGGAACAAGUGGCCAUGAUUCUGAGCUGUAAUUUGAUGGGCAACAAGACGUAUUCAAAAGAAACCUGGAAACUGCUCUUCACCAAAGUCUCCGGAGUGCUGCAUGAAGCUCUGUUACUGUUCGCCAACAUGACCCCCAGCCUGAGAGAGCCUUCUGCUUCAAUGGUUCUUGAUGUGAUCAGCGAGAGCCUGGAUGCAGGGAUCACUGAUUCAAGUGAAGAUGUAUCUUUGAUCACCAAGAUCUUCCAGAAGAAGCUGAAGCCAUUCUUACCCUUCAUAUCAGAAUCCCUGCUGUCCUGCCUGAGCGCCAAGAACUUCAGUUGUCAGGCCUUCGAAGUCAUAGUGUGGACUCUCAAUGACAAAUAUGAAGAGAUGGACACACGCCAGCGGGCUUUGGUCUACAUAGAUUUCAUCCAAAUCUUCUUGUCUCGGACUGAAACUAAAGACCCAGGGUGUGUCCGCAGUUCAAACGGCAGUGUGCCAUGGCUUCAGAAGAACUUUGGGAAAUUUUCUAGUUUCCUAACCCCCGAAGACAUCCAGAGGCUCAACAGAAACUUCUCUGUGGAGGAAGCUCUGCGUCAUCUGCCCGUUAAGCAGUUGGCUAACUUCUUUGCUGCUCCAGGACAACUGGAAACUGCUGAAGACGUCAGCAAACUAAUGAGCCACGUGGCAGACGACCAAUUGGGAACGUUCUUUGAUAGGUUUUCAACAGUCAUUGAGGGUCGGCCCUUCCCGAUGGAGGCGCGCUCUGCAAUGCUGCAGCAGGUGCUGGACCGAGCCAACCUCUCCGAUGCCGCGGUCAGCGAUGAGGAAGCCCAGGUAUGGCUUCAGCAACGUCUGCCGCCCCUGCUCCUGAACCUGCAACGGGAACACGUGGGCCCUCUCUUCAACAUCGUCAAGCGCAGGGACUGCAACAUCAGCCAGGAAUUGGUGAAGCAUCUUAGCGGUAUCCGCCAAACCCUUGAUGAUGACACGGAAAGCGAGGUCAUCAAAAACAUUGUUGACUCACUCAGAGACCCUCAGCCACUGCGCUGCUACACAAACCAGAGUUUCUACCAGUUUCUGAAAAAAAGCAUCGUCAAAUUCCCUUCUCCCCAACUGUCUACUGUCCUUUCACUGAUGCCUCCUGACAGACAGGCAGAGCUGAUAAACUCCAUUCCUCCCAAUGAGCUUGGUGAGCUGCUGAGGAAACCGAUGUUUAUAGAUAACAGCACAGACCUCUGCACCCUCCUGCUGCACCACCGACAGACCCCCGAACUCCUGGAGACGGAGGAAUUUUCAGAACACGUGAGGUCACAGAUCUUGCCCUGUGUGUGGCCCCUGGCCCUCAGAAGUGACAAUGAGGAAGAAGUGAAGAGAUGGUUUGUCAGUCGGCUUAAUGGUUACUUGCAAUUCCUCAAUGAGGACCUCAUCAGCUCCCAGGAUACCCUCAAUGCAUCAUGCUUGGCCUUCAGGAACCUCAUCUUCUUACUGGGAACCGACUACAACUUCAGCAGGACGGAUAUCGAAGAAGAUGAAGUGUAUGACACCAUUAAGACCUACCUCAGCACAGAUGGAAGUCCAAAGUGCUACGACCGCAAUGACCCGACCCUCAACUCCACAGCUUGGUUUUUCAACUACUUUUGCAAUUUCAUUAGAUUCGCUGACUCGGAUGACUUCAGAACAUUUGGUUCAGAAGAAGCACUUCAGGCCUUCUCUGUCAAUCGACAAAAUAUCGAGCUCUUAAGUCAACCUGGCAUCCCAGAUGACGUGGUCUCAUGGUACACUGAGUCCAUCUUCCAGGAGAACCCACAAUUCCUUCCCACAAAACUGCCGCCCCGACUCCAAUGCUAUGCUUCAGGAGAGGCUUUGUCCAGCCUGGAUGAGAGUCAGACUCUGGCUGUUAUCAGGAACAUAAAUCAGUCCUGCACUGCUGUGGAACCCCAUAUUCCGGCAGUGCUGGCUGGGAAUAUUAAAACACUCAGUCCUGGACUGAUCACUGCCCUGGGAAACCAGGUGACAGGUUUGAGUCCAGGCCAGAUCAGUGGAGCUCCUCCAAGCGUCAUCAUCGGGUCCCUUAAGAACCUGGGCAAAGUUUCAGGCUGGAACCAGGCCCAGUCCAAUAGCAUCAUAGCAGCGAUCCUUGGACAAAACUUCCAGGUUGACAAUCAGGAAAAUCUGGAAAGCCUGGGCUCUCUAAUACAAGGCGUUCCCUUUUCAGCCAUUUCAAAAAUCUCCCCCACUGUAGCUCAGCAAACCGCUUCCAAUCCAGUUUUUGUUAACAACCUUCUGAGUGCUCCUGUAAUUGUGCGGGAGAAAUUCGUCCAAAAGAUUAUCGAAGUGGAUUCUACACCCCAGAUACUGUUAAACAACGUCCCUGAUGACCUAGCCUCAGAAAUCCCCAGAAGUCUGCUGAUCUUUUCUGAAAAUAUGGAUCCAGCUGUGGUGCAGAAGAUAAAUAAGAAAAAAUGGAAACCUGAGCAGGCGGCUCUGCUUUUUGAUAUAGUUGCUGAAGGAACCAGUGAUGCUGAUGACCUUUCAACAGAGAUGCUCCAGGGAUUCUCGUGCACAAGGAUUCGCCGUUUAAAAAAAACAAAAGUCAGAAAUCUCAUCAGAGCUUGCAGGAGGAGAAGGAACCAAAGAAAGGUGGUUCUGCGCGAACCCCAGUUAACCUGCAUGAGCAAUAUCAUCAAGAGUGAAAGGCCACAGAAUUUCACAGAAUUACCUUCCGACAUGCUGUUGUACCUAGACUACUCCACCGUGCAGCAGGCAACAUGCAAGGCGUACUUCAUACAAACCGGAGAAGCAGACUUUGAUGUUCUGUCUGACGCUUUGAGUGGGAAGAAAGCAGAGUUACUGAGCAAUGCCAAAAGCUGCCUGGGUGUAACAGGAACAAACCUGAACAAGGAGACUGUGGAGGUUCUGGGAAACAUGUGCUGCACACUGGAUGAGUCUCACAUCAGUGACUCUGACCCACUGAUACUGGAGAAACUUAAAAACUGCAAGGAGUUCUCAGACAAGCAGCUCGAUGCAAUGGAAAAAGUUCUUCUCCGUGGUACCCCCAUUUAUGGAAAUCCUUCAAAAUGGAACUUUAAAACUCUGCAAAAGUUGGAACCCCUCCCAGUGUUUCUAGGAAGCUCAUUCUGGUGUCGUCUUGGAAAGAGGGUCAAACGCAGAUACCUGAGAAAGCUCCGGAAACAGAAAGGAAGCAGGCGGGAAAGGAAGAAGCUCAAAAGACUUUUCAAACAAUUACGUUGUUCCAAAAAUAUACAAGGAGCUGAUCAUUGCACAGUUGGAAACAUCACACAGGUCACCAUCAACGAUGACUCUUUUCCCUUCGGUUACGAUGCCAUCCAGUUCGGCCACUGUCUAAGCGUGCAGGUUGUGAAGGACAAUUUUGCAGCUCUGGCUCAGAAGGUGGAUGAGGAUGAAUUGCAGACAAUUGUUCUGAGCAAAUCAAAGCAGGCAUUCCCAGCGGGCCUUUCAGAUGUGCAGUUGCAACUCGUGGGUCCUGUGUCUCGUAUGGCCUCCCUGGAUGACAUCAGCAAGUGGAGCAUCAUCACCAUUGACAACCUGGCUGCUCUAAUGAACUCAGAAGAUGGAGCGUGGGAGCCUGAAAAGAGCAAAGCCAUCAUCUUAAAAUACUUGGAAACACCUGCCAAUACCCUGGGGACCGCAGAGCUGAAUGCAAUAGGCGGGCCUAAUCUGUGCCCCCUUCCCAACAGUGUCCUGAGGAACAUCACCCCUGAGAGUCUGAAAAAUGCCAACGCCUUGACUAUUUCAGCUUGUCCUGUGGAGUUCAAGGAUGAAAUGUUCCUCAUAGCUGAACAGGCCUUUAAUGAAUCUGAUCCCAUAUCACUGAUGACUUACCAGCUCAUUCAGUCUUACCUAGGAGGCGCACCCAAAGAUUACAUAUUAAGACUGUCAAGAGCCAAUGUUAGCAUGGACGUAGAAACCUUUAUAAACCUGAACUCAAGCGUACUCUUGGAGCUCAAUGUGACGGCGGUAAGUCAGCUACUGGGAGGUAACGUGCAGGACCUGAAGACCUUUGAGCAUGUGACUGUCAUACAGCACUGGAUCCAGAGACAGCCUCAGUCCGAUCUGGACAGUUUGGGCAUUGAGCGGACACCUCCAGUAAACACAACUUCAACUCCAACAUCUGACUGCAUGAUGAUGCCAUUUGAUGAAAGGUGUCCAUCCACACCAUGUAAUGAGAGCGGCAUUUGUUCUGGAGUACACAACUCUAAGCUGCAGGACUACUUGGACUCUGGGAUGACUGGAAUGCUCUGCAAUAUUACACUCACUGAAUAUGCUUGCUCAUCGUUGGCCUCACUCACUGGCGAAAAACUAGCUGACCUGCUAACAUGUAAGGUGUCUGGUGGCAUGGUCUACCCCAAGCAGACCUGGAAGCUCUUCCUCACCAAGGCGUCUGGAGUCCUGAAUGAAGCUCUCACCAUCCUCACUAACAGGUCCGUCAAGUUGAGGAGCCUGCCCGUCCUGGAGGUGGUGGGUGAACUCAGAAUCAACACACUCAGCGAGGAACAGCUACAGACCGUACCAGUCAUCCACCACCUGUUCCAUCCAAAACUGCGGACUCUCAUGUCCUCUGUGUCAGUGGAGUUUCUGUCCUGUCUCAGCAGCAAGAACUUCACCUGCGAGACCUACCACCACGUGGUGAAUGAAUUCGGCUACCAGUUUCCUCACAUGGACGAGAUGCAACAGCGCAUGGUGCUCAAACAUUUCAUCCUCCCCUUCCUGACCCGAAAUCACACCUCAGACCCUGCCUGUGUGGACAGCACUAAUGGAAGUGAGGCCUGGCUGUACAAGAACUUCAAAUCGUAUUCUGCCUUUGUGCCUCUCCGGGAGCUCCUGAUGCUAAAUCCAAACUUCCAACCGCUGGAGACCCUAAAACGUCUCAGCCCUCGACAGACAGCGGAGCUGGUCGUGUCGCCCCACCCUGCACUUUCAGAUAAAGAAGCCAUCAUCACUGCAGUGUUUGACCACUUCAUGGAAUCACCGAAUGACAUGAAGCAGAGAGAAUUCCUCAGGGAGUUUGCAAUGUUGUCCCAACAGAGACCGUUGAACUGCAGCUCCAUCCAAACCAUAAUCAAGAGGCUUCGUCACUCACUGUCCUCAAUGCCAGGACGUCAGGAGCCAGUCAUCUGGGCCAGCAUUAACGUGUUCAUGCAAGCAGGACCCAGACACUGCAUGACGAUGCCAGUUGAUGAAAGGUGUCCAUUCACACCAUGGAACGAGAGCAGCAUUUGUUCUGGAGUACACAACUCGAGCCUACAGGAUGACUUGAACUCUGGGAUGACUGGAAUGCUCUGCAAUAUUACACUCACUGAAUAUGCUUGCUCAUCGUUGGCCUCACUCACUGGCGAAAAACUAGCUGACCUGCUAACAUGUAAGGUGUCUGGCGGCAUGGUCUACCCCAAGCAAACCUGGAAGCUCUUCCUCACCAAGGCGUCUGGAGUCCUGAAUGAAGCUCUCACCAUCCUCACUAACAGGUCUGUCAAGUUGAGGAGCCCGCCUGUCCUGGAGGUGGUGGGUGAACUCAGAAUCAACACACUCAGUGUGGAACAGCUACAGACCAUACCAGUCAUCCACCACCUGUUCCAUCCAAAACUGCGGACUCUCAUGUCCUCUGUGUCAGUGGAGUUUCUGUCCUGUCUCAGCAGCAAGAACUUCACCUGCGAGACCUACCACCACGUGGUGAAUGAAUUUGGCUACCAGUUUCCUCACAUGGACGACAUGCAACAGCGCAUGGUGCUCAAACAUUUCAUCCUCCCCUUCCUGACCCGAAAUCACACCUCAGACCCUGCCUGUGUGGACAGCACUAAUGGAAGUGAGGCCUGGCUGUACAAGAACUUCAAAUCGUAUUCUGCCUUUGUGCCUCUCCGGGAGCUCCUGAUGCUAAAUCCAAACUUCCAACCGCUGGAGACCCUGAACCUUCUCAGCCCUCGACAGACAGCGGAGCUGGUCGUGUCGCCCCACCCUGCACUUUCAGAUAAAGAAGCCAUCAUCACUGCAGUGUUUGACCACUUCAUGGAAUCACCAAAUGACACGAAGCUGACGGAAUUCCUCAAUGAGUUUGCGAUGAUGUCCCAACAGGCAAACCUCAGUUGUGACCUCUACAAAACCAUACUGAGCAGGAUAGACCAGGCAGUGGCAUCUGAGUCCAGUGAAUUUGAAUCUCAACAAAUGGCCAUCAGGGGCAAGAUUGCACAGACGGCUCUACUGCAUUGCCCAAUAAAUGACAUCAUUCCAGGGUGUCCUACGACCCCAGUAAAUGAGAGCCGAAUCUGUGCUGGAGCCAACAGUGGUGCUUACACAAACACGAUGAUGCUGUGUAACAACAGUUUGAGACAUUACGCCUGUCUGUCAACGCCAACAAACCUAACAUCGGAACAAGUGGCCAUGAUUCUGAGCUGUAAUUUGAUGGGCAACAAGACGUAUUCAAAAGAAACCUGGAAACUACUCUUCACCAAAGUCUCCGGAGUCUUGCAUGAAGCCCUGGUAAAGUUCGCCAAGAUGACCCCCAUCCUGAAGGAGCCUUCUGCUUCAAUGGUUCUUGAUGUGAUCGGAGAGAUCCUGGAUGCAGGACUCACUGAGUCAAGUGAAGACUUAUCUUUGAUCACCAAUAUCUUCCAAAAGAAGCUGAAGCCAUUCUUACCCUUCAUAUCAGAAUCCCAACUGUCCUGCCUGAGCACCAAGAACUUCAGCUGUCAGGCCUUCGAAGUCAUAGUGUGGACUCUCAAUGACAAAUAUGAAGAGAUGGACAGACGCCAGCGGGCUUUGGUCUACAUGGAUUUCAUCCAGGUCUUCUUGUCUCGGACUGAAACUAAAGACCCAGGGUGUGUCCGCAGUUCAGACGGCAGUGUGCCAUGGCUUCAGAAGAACUUUGGGAAAUUUUCUAGCUUCCUAACCCCCGAAGACAUCCAGAGGCUCAACAGCAACUUCUCUGUGGAGGAAGCUCUGCGUCAUCUGACCGUUAAGCAGUUGGCUGAGUUCUUUGCUGCUCCUGGACAGCUGGAAACUGCUGAAGACGUCAGCAAACUAAUGAGCCAUGUGCCAGACGACCAAUUGGGAACAUUCUUUGAUGAGUUUUCACCAGCCAUUGAGGGUCGGCCCUUCCCGAUGGAGGCGCGCUCUGCAAUGCUGCAGCAGGUGCUGGACCGAGCCAACCUCUCCGAUGCCGCGGUCAGCGAUGAGGAAGCCCAGGUAUGGCUUCAGCAACGUCUGCCGCCCCUGCUGCUGAACCUGCAACGGGAACACGUGGGCCCUCUCUUCAACAUCGUCAAGCGCAGGGACUGCAACAUCAGCCAGGAAUUGGUGAAGCAUCUUAGCAGUAUCCGCCAAACCCUUGAUGAUGACACGGAAAGCGAGGUCAUCAAAAACAUUGUUGACUCACUCAGAGACCCUCAGCCACUGCGCUGCUACACAAACCAGAGUUUCUACCAGUUUCUGAGAAAAAGCUUCCUCAAAUUCCCUUCUCCCCAACUCUCUACUGUCCUUUCACUGAUGCCUCCUCACAGACAGGCAGAGCUGAUAAACUCCAUUCCUCCCAAUGAGCUUGGUGAGCUGCUGAGGAAACCGAUGUUUAUAGAUAACAGCACAGACCUCUGCACCCUCCUGCUGCACCACCGACAGACCCCCAAACUCUUGGAGACGGAGAAAUUUUCAGAAAACGUUAGGUCACAGAUCUUGCCCUGUGUGUGGCCCCUGGCCCUCAGAAGUGGCGAUGAGGCAGAAGUGAAGAGAUGGUUUGAUGUCCGGCUUCCUGAUUACUUGCAAUUCCUCAACAAGGACCUCAUCAGCUCCCAGGAUACCCUCAAUGCAUCGUGCUUAGCCUUCAGGAACCUCAUAUUUGUAUUGGGAACCAACUACAACUUCAACAGCACAGACAUUAGAGAAGAUGAAGUUUAUGACAUCAUUAAGACGUACAUCAGCACAGAUGGAAGUCCAAAGUGCUACGACCGCAAUGACCCGACCCUCAACUCCACGGCUUGGUUUUUCAACUACUUUUGCAAUUUCAUUAGAUUUGCUGACUCGGAUGACUUCAGAACAUUUGGUUCAGAAGAAGUACUUCAGGUCUUCUCUGUCAAUCCACAAAAUAUCGAGCUCUUAAGUCAACCUGGCAUCCCAGAUAACGUGACCGCCCUGAUCACAGAGUUAAUCUUCCAGGAGAACCCACAAUUCCAACCCACAGAACUGCCGCCCCGAUUCCAAUGCUAUGCUCCAGGAAUGGCUUUGUCCGGGCUGGAUGAGAGUCAGACUCUGGCUGUUCUCGGGAACAUAAAUCAGUCCUGCACUGCUGUGGAACCCCAUAUUCCGGCAGCGCUGGCUGGGAAUAUUAAAACAGUCAGUCCUGCACAGAUCACUGCCCUGGGAAGCCAGGUGACAGGUUUGAGUCCGGGCCAGAUCAGUGGAGCUCCACCAAGCGUCAUCUUUGGAUCCCUUCAGAACCUGGGCAAAGUUUCAGGCUGGACCCAGGCUCAGUCCAUGAGCAUCAUAACAGUGAUCCUUGCACAAAACUUCCAGGUUGACAAUCGGGAAAAUCUGGAAAGCCUGGGCUCUCUAAUACAAGGCGUUCCCUUUUCAGCCAUUUCAAAAAUCUCCCCCACUGUAGCUCAGCAAACCGCUUCCAAUCCAGUUUUUGUUAAGAACCUUCUGAGUGCUCCUGUAAUUCUGCGGCAGAUGUUCAUCAGACAGAUUAUCAAAGUGGAUUCUACACCCCAGAUACUGUUAAACAACGUCCCUGAUGACCUAGCCUCAGAAAUCCCCAGAAGUCUGCUGAUCUUUUCUGAAAAUAUGGAUCCAGCUGUGGUGCAGAAGAUAAAUAAGAAAAAAUGGAAACCUGAGCAGGCGGCUCUGUUUUUCGAUACAGUUGCUGAAGGAACCAGUGAUGCUGAUGACCUUUCAACGGAGAUGCUCCAGGGAUUCUCGUGCACAAGGAUUCGCCGUUUUAAAAAAACAAAAGUCAGAAAUCUCAUCAGAGCUUGCAGGAGGAGAAGGAACCGAAGAAAGGUGGUUCUGCGCGAAACCCAGUUAACCUGCAUGUACAAUAACAUCAAGCGUGAAAUGCCACAGAAUUUCACAGAACUCCCUUCAGACAUGCUGUUGUACCAAGACUACUCCACCGUGCAGCAGGCAACAUGCAAGGCGUACUUCAUACAAACCGGAGAAGCAGACUUUGAUGUUCUGUCUGACGCUUUGAGUGGGAAGAAAGCUGAGUUACUGAGCAAUGCCAAAAGCUGCCUGGGUGUAACAGGAACAAACCUGAACAAGGAGACUGUGGAGGUUCUGGGAAACAUGUGCUGCACACUGGAUGAGUCUCACAUCAGUGACUCAGACCCACUGAUACUGGAGAAACUUAAAACCUGCAAGGCUUUCUCAGACAAGCAGCUCGAUGCAAUGGAAAAAGUUCUUCUCCGUGGUACCGCCAUUUAUGGAAAUCCUUCACAAUGGAACACUAAAACUCUACAAAGGUUGGAACCCCUCCCAGUGUUCUUAGGAAGCUCAUUCUGGAGUCGUUUUGGAAAGAGGGACAUCCGCAGAUAUCUGAGAAAGCUCCGGAAACUGAGAGGAAGCAAGCGGAGAAGGAAGGAGUUAAAAAGACUUUUUAGAAAAAUUCGUGGGCGCAGGAAUAGACGAGCAGCAGAUCAGUGCACAGUUGGAAACAUCACACAGGUCACCAUCAACGAUGACUCUUUUCCCUUUGGUUACGAUGCCAUGCAGUUCGGCCACUGUCUAAGCGUGCAGGUUGUAAAAGAAAAUUUGGCAGCUCUCGCUCAGAAGGUGGAUGAGGAUGAAUUCCAGGCAAUUGUUCUGAACAAAUCAAAUCAGGCAUAUCCAGCAGGCCUUUCAGAUAUGCUGGUGCAACUCCUGGGUCCUGUGUCUCGUGUGGCCUCCCUGGGUGACAUCAGCAAGUGGAGCAUCACCAGCAUUGACACCCUGGCUGCUCUAAUGAACUCAGAAGAUGGAGCGUGGGAGCCUGCAAAGAGCAAAGCCAUCAUCAUGAAAUACUUGGAAACACCUGGCAAUACCCUGGGGACCUCAGAGCUGAAUGCAAUAGGCGGGCCUAAUCUGUGCCCCCUUCCCACCAGUGUCGUGAUGACCAUCACCCCUGAGGCACUGAAAAAUGCCAACGCCUUGACUAUUUCAGCUUGUCCUGUGGAGUUCAAGGAUGAAAUGUUCCUCAUAGCUGAACAGGCCUUUAAUGAAUCUGAUCCCAUAUCACUGAUGACUUACCAGCUCAUUCAGUCUUACCUAGGAGGCGCCCCCAAAGAUUACAUAUUAAGACUGUCAAGAGCCAAUGUUAGCAUGGACUUAGAAACCUUUAGAAACCUGAACUCAAGCGUACUCUCGGAUCUCAAUGUGACGGAGGUGAGUCAGCUACUGGGUGUCAACGUGGAUGACCUGAAGACCUUCGAGAAUGUGACUGUCAUACUGGGCUGGAUCCAGAGACAGCCUCAGUCCGAUCUGGACAGUUUGGGCAUCGGCCUGAGAGGAGGACGAGAGACCGUUAUGACGGCAGCGACGACACCAGCGGCAGCAGCGUCAGUUGGAGCAGCAUCAAACACAACAAGCCCAGCAAACACAGCUUCAGUAAACACAUCUUCAGGAAACACAUCUUCAGCUACAACAUCUGGUCAUGGCGGAACAGGCACACCUUCUGCUCACCAACUGUCACUGUUCGUUGGCUUGACAUUUGCUGUAUUGCAACUGUUGAAGUAAUUUAAGAAGGAAAAGACUCAUCUCAAUGAGUCUAGUUCGUUUCCAUCCAAUUUAGUCUAUUUUAAAUGUUUGGUUUAGGUGGUGAGGCCGGCGGGUUUUUGUGAUGAUAAAUGAGUGCAAUGUAUUUUAGCUCUCAAAAACAUGUCAGCUCAAAAUUUUAUCAUAUGGGUAUUUUAAUAUUAAGAUGAUUGAUUGGGAUCUAGUGUAACCACAAAUAUAUAUUUUUAUAUUGAUUUGUAUUCAUAUUCAUUAUCAUGUAGAAUGUGGGGAUUGGGGAUGCUCAAUGCACUAUGUAAUCACUUUAUUAUAAUACAGUGAAUACUUCCAUCAUGAACGUUUACUUCUCAGGGAGAGACUGGUAUAUAACAGUUAUUUAACUAUAAUGCCAUCUAUAUACCAUAUCAGUCACUACAAUGAUUUUUAUACCGUGUAGUCAUUUGGGGCAUUUAAAGAAGACAUUCAUUAGAUUUGUUAGCCUAAUCUUCUGGUGCAUUUUUGUAUCAGUACAUUAAGGUAUGAGAUUUGUUCAUUUUAUAUUUUAUGUGAGAAAACAAAGCUUUCAUAUUCUGAAGCUUGCCAUACAGAAAGCAUACACAGUUGGAUUUGUUAAAGACAUCUUUUAACAGUUUUAAUUGGGACACAAACACAUGAUCAAUGACACACUUAUAAUAUAUAAUUACUACUACAAAAUAAACAUUGUCUUGAAAGAAAGAA